UUCCUAUUGGACUGGCUGUGCCCGCUAGGGAUGCACCAAUACAUCGAUAGCUUCUUCGAUAACGGUUACGACGAGAUGUCGGUAUGUCGGUUAAUCGGCGAAACCGAUUUGGACGCAAUCGGUGUCGUUGAUUCGAGCCACCGAGUCAAAAUUUUGGAAUCGGUG